AGAAGUUAGCAAAGGGUGAGUAUUUUGUCAUCUGUACCGUUACUUACAUGGAUGAAUUAUUACCGUUUAUAUUUGGAUUAAAUGAAGUUAGCUGAGAGUGAGUAAGCAUUCCCCCUACACAGACAUUUCCAUGGCCAUAUCACUUCUCUUCCCAAAUCCUCCCUUAACAAACCCACACAGCCGAUACAAACCUACGCUUCCGGCGUACAGUAGCACCUGCGGAGCUAAAAAGAGAGCAGCAUGCAUAGUUUGCGCGAAAAGCCAAGACGACUAUCACGCCACCCUUAAAGCCCUUAAUUCCAAAGGCCGUUUUCCCAGAAAAUCUCUUGGCCAGCAUUACAUGUUGAAUUCUGAAAUAAACGAGCAACUUGUUGGCGCUGCUAAUAUCAAAGAAGGAGAUUUGGUGUUAGAGAUUGGACCUGGAACCGGUUCCUUGACCAAUGUACUGCUAAAUGCUGGUGCCACAGUCCUUGCCAUAGAGAAGGUGAGAUAAUUGUGCUUUUGUUUUCAUUACA